GCUCGAGGCGCGGGGGAGUUGCAUGAAGAGCCUCAGGUGAAAGCUAGUUCCGGGAAAGGGAAGGGUGGACAGACGACGUCUCAGGCUGUGGCGACCCAUCCUCAGAAGGCCAAGGUGGUCGCCGGUGUACGACAACCAAGCAAGCCCCGAACACGGGCUGCUACCAGAAACGAUGCCGAAAGCGCCGCUCCUGCAGCUGCGCCUGCCGAAGAGGCUGUAGAGAUGGCGCCCCCCGCCGCGGUGCAGGAAGAGAAGAUCAUACCCCGCUCGGCGGCCGAGAGCUUGCAUAAAUCGGACAAUGGGAACAAAGCACGAGCGCAGCAUGCUAAGUAUGCGGCGCAAAUCAUGCUACGUCAGCACCGGCUGCACGUCAUAAGCUUCUACAUCUCGGGCGAGUGGAUUCGCGCGUUUCGCUGGGACCAGGCUGGCUGUGUUAUGACCGACGCCGUCAACCUCGUCGACAACCCCGACGACUUCUACGACCUGCUCUACUGCCUCGGAAACCUCCCAGACAGAUUGUCGGGCUACGACGAGACGGUUACCAGAGCGUCUGAGAACGACAUUCGGCUGCUCAGAGAUUAUACCUCUGAGAACGACGACCUCCAGAGGGCUCGUAGCGAUAUGCUAGAAAAUACGCGGUUCCAUCCCAUUUACAAGGUUACAUGUCCUGCAGUUCGUCCUCGAAAGCCGAAAGAGCGCGAUAAGAAUGCUGAAAAUGAAGACGAAGACGGAGAUAGCAGUCGUGGUGCUGGUCGCAGCGACAACACAGAACCGAAGGAGGACGAGGCAGGGCCUUCCGAGAGGGCCUUCCUCAUUGGCAAGCUCACCGCAGGGCACGGCGCGCCGAUAGGUCGCUGCACGCGUGGCUAUAUCGCAUUUGAUCUCUGGCGCAAGGACUUCUGCUUCCUCAAGGAUCAGUGGCGCUCGAGCGUCCGGCGCAGCGAGCUCGAUGUCUAUAUGCGUCUACACGAGAACGGCGUGCGCUGCAUAGCAACGCCGAUCGCUGGCGGCGACGUCUGUGGCAUGCUGCGGAGUCCCCAGUACACGAAGGCACAGAGGUACCUAGCGCCGCCGUCGAAGCAGCCGGCGCUCAUGCGCAUCCACACACGUCUCGUCGUCGAGGAGGUCGGGAAGCCCCUCGAGGCGUACGCAGACACCGUUCAACUUUUUGAGGCGUGCACAUAUGCAGUGAUCGGUCAUAUGGAGGCCUGGAAUAAGGCAGGCAUUCUCCACCGGGAUGUCAGCGCGAACAACAUUAUGAUAAAUGUACGCGAAAAUGAGGCCUUUUUAAACGACUGGGAUUUGUGCAAGUACAAAGAAGACUUCGGGAAUCGGGCUCGAGAGAAGGCUGGCUUCUCGGGCACCUGGGCUUAUUUAUCUGCUCUUACUUUGACGCAUCCCACUAAGCCACCAGAGGUCGCAGACGAUCUGGAGUCUUUCAUCUACGUCAUCCUCAUGAUGGCCUACCGUUUUCACCAGCACACCUACUCGACGAAUCUCAAUGACCUGGAAUGCACGCCAAAGAACAUCAAGUGCGCCAACUACGAGAACAAGCCGCUUGCCUUGCAGAUCAACAAGUUCUUCUACGAGCAGCUGUGCUGUGCCGACGGCCGCUACAUCGGCGGCAAGGAAAAGCUAGUGUUCAUCGAGAACGGCAAACCGCCAAUCUGUUUACUGAACGAGGACUCAGUUCUGGCACGGUUCCUCCGCGACGCGUAUGUGCUCUUGCGGGAGCACUACAGCGCGGUCGAUUUUGAGGCGCUCAAGCCGUACUCCGUGAAGGCGCCGUUCAGUCCGAAGGAGAUGCGGCAGUUUAGGCCCCGUGCGAUGUCAUCCAUCGUGCAAAAACUUGCUGUGGAUCUCAGCGACGAUGACGACGAGCCGCUGCCGGUGGUGCAGGCUGCAGAGCAGAAGCGAAGGCUGCAGGCGUCGAAGGUGGGUAAGCCGAGGCGUGUGCUGGACAGCUACAGUGCGCUCCUGAAGCUGUUCAACAAGAUGGCCACCGAGGCUGGCGACGGUGUUUACGCGUAUGGCAAGGACGACUAUCUCUUUGACCAAUUCCUUGGACUGGGCGAUGUUAUCGUGCAGGGAACAGCAGAUACCGGGCAGCAGAAGACGACGUCGAGUUCGUUAAAGCGGACGAACCUGUGGUCGUAAGCUUCGAUAUGCGACCUGUCCUGUCAUUCCCUUAGCCGGAUAACCUGUGUUGUGGACUCAUUUCCGCCGAACGUGAACCACUUAGCAGAGUGUGUGACCCAUGUAUAUUACAAUAACAGUGGUCCGAGUAAACGAGCUCCACGACCCGUAUGCAUGGAACGAACUACAAGAGUAUAUAAGAACGCAGCUUAGCCGAACAUGCCCUCAUUACCCCGAGACCGCGCUCGACGAGUAGUACGGAGAGCCGUCAAGCUCGUUGCAUCGCACAAUGCGGAGCCGCUGCGCGGGCGGGACCGUCUUGUCUCGCAGGCCGUGCUUGUUUGCCACCGUGCAAGAUCCCGACGCGGUCGUGUGCCACCUUUGAGUGGCCGAAGGCCCUGCCUAAGAACGCCGUCGUCGCGUCCUUGCUGAUGUAUUUCACCGGCAGAUGGCGCACACCCGAGGCUGACGAUGUUGUGGACGAAGCUGGCAAUGACGACGAGCGCAAGCUCUCCCAAUUAAUCAGCAGCAGUCCCUGCACGUUCGGCUCCCAUACGAAGUCGUCCUGUGUUGCUCGUAGUCACUUGAGCUGGGUUGGCAGCCAGCCCUUCUUGACUCCGCUCUCGGGAGAGAUCUUCAGGCGGCUCACGAGCCCGAGCUCCGCGCACACCUAGAUGAACCACUUCACUGGGUUGUACCUGUACCAUCUAAUCGCGUUCCAUGGUCUAUCGGGAACUGGAGAUAGAAGUCAUCGUAGUUUCGCCGACGGUGACGAAUGCGGUGACGAAAAUAGAGAGGUGAACAAAGCACAAGCGAGCAGUACCCGCGAACUAGAAUCUGCUCGUCUAGCCGCCCGCGGGUGUUGCCGCUGAAUGACAGGGUCCUUGCUCAGGUCACUGACUUUAGCCACAUAGAGCUGAUAUCGUGGCUUGACAAUCGUCCAGCCAAGGUGCCAGAGGCCCUUGUGCGCAUUGUGAAUGCCAAUGUUGGUGUCUGUGUAGCGGCGGAGGGCACGAGGACAGCAGC